AUGAUGUCUCGGGACAAGGACUACCCGGGCCCUAAGUACAUAGGCCUUUGGGACUUCAAGGCGCGAACAAAUGAUGAACUGAGCUUUCAGGCAGGAGACCUCCUGCAUGUCACCAGGAAGGAGGAAAAGUGGUGGUGGGCCACCCUGCUGGAUGCAGCAGGCAAGGCCUUGGCUGAGGGCUAUGUGCCUCACGAUUACCUGGCUGAGAAGGAAACUGUGGAGUCUGAGCCGUGGUUCUUUGGUUGCAUCUCCCGCUUGGAGGCCAUGGACAGGCUGCAGGCUGAGGACAACUCAAAGGGAGCCUUCCUGGUCAGAGUCAGCAAGAAGUCAGGAGCAGACUAUGUCCUUUCUGUGCGGGACACUCAGGCCGUGCGACAUUACAGGAUCUGGAGGGAUGACGUGGGCUGGCUACACCUGAAUGAUGCGGUAUCCUUCCCCGGCCUGUCUGAGCUUGUGGACUACCACAAGACCAAGAGCCUGUCCCACGGCCUGAAACUGACCAUGCCCUGCUGUAAGCAAAAAUCUGAGCCCUUGCCCCACUGGGAUGACUGGGAGAGGCCAAGGGAGGAGUUCACACUCUGUAAGAAGCUGGGGGCCGGCUACUUUGGGGAGGUCUUCGAAGGGCUCUGGAAGGACCAGAUCCGUGUGGCCGUGAAGGUGAUCUCUAGAGACAACCUUCUACACCAGCACACCUUCCAGUCUGAGAUCCAGGCCAUGAAGAAGCUGCGGCACAAGCACAUCCUGGCACUGUACGCUGUGGCAUCUGCAGGGGAUCCGGUCUACAUCAUCACGGAGCUCAUGCCCAAGGGGAAUCUGCUGCAGUUAUUGCGGGACUCUGGUGAGAAAGGCCUGCCUAUUUCAGAACUGCUGGACUUUGCAUCACAGGUUGCCGAGGGCAUGUGCUACCUGGAAUCUCAGAAUUACAUUCACCGUGACCUGGCUGCUAGGAAUGUUCUUGUUACAGAGAACAAUAUCUGCAAAGUGGGGGACUUCGGGCUGGCCAGGCUUGUCAAGGAGGACAUCUACCUUUCCCACAACCCCAACGUCCCCUACAGAUGGACGGCACCUGAGGCACUCUCCCGAGGGCAUUACUCCAUCAAAUCUGAUGUCUGGUCUUUUGGGAUUCUUCUCUAUGAAAUUUUCAGCAAGGGGCUGGUGCCCUAUCCAGGCAUGUCCAAUCAUGAGGCUUUCCUGAGGGUGAAUGCCGGCUACCGCAUGCCAUGCCCUCAGGAUUGCCCACCCACCAUGCACAAGCUGAUGCUCAGCUGCUGGAGCCCAGACCCCAAACAGAGACCUUGCUUCAAAGCCCUGUGUGAGAAGCUCUCCGACACCAGCUGGUAUGAGAACCUGGUCUGA